AUGUCAAAACAAAGAAGGGAUUAUUAUGAAGUUCUUGGAGUUGACUCAACUGCUACCGAUGAAGAAAUUAAAAAGGCAUACCGAAAAUUAGCACUAAAAUUACAUCCUGAUAAACUAAUUGAUGUUGAUCCUGAGGAAGCACAAAAAAAUUUUCAAGAAUUAGUUGCUGCAUAUGGAGUAUUGAAAGAUCCUAAUGAACGACAAUGGUAUGACCAACACCGUGAUUUGAUAUUAGCAGGAUUAAAUAGAGCAGAUGAAACAGUAAUUAACUUGUAUGAAUAUUUUAACAGCGAUUGCUUUGAUGAGUAUGAUGAAAGUGAAAAUGGGUUUUAUACAAUUUAUAAUAAUUUAUUUAACUCAAUUCUUGAAGAGGAAGGUGGAGGAAAAAAAUUAAUGUCAUUUGGAACAAGUAAAAGUACAAUUCAAGAAGUUAAAGGGUUUUAUGAAGAGUGGACUCAUUUUAAAUGUCAAUUAGAAUUUUGGAACAAAAUGCCAAAUGAACUUUCUGAAGCACCAAAUAGAACAGUUAGAAGAAUGUGGGAAAAAGAAAAUCAAAAAAUCAAGGAAAAACUCCGUUCAGAACGAACACAAAACAUAAGACAACUUGUUAAUUUUGUUCAACGAAUGGAUCCACGAUGGGAAUUAGUCAAAGCUGAAUUAAUAAGAAGAAAAGAAGAACGUGAAAAACAAAUAGAAUUGAAAGAAGCUGAACGUAAAAGAAGAGAAGAGGAAAUGAAAAGAAAACAAGAAUUAAUUGGAGAACAAUUUGAAAUUUCACAAGAAGAAGCAGCUGAGAUUGAACGUAUUUCAAGGUAUUAUUCAGGAAAUAAUACUGACAUUGAUCAAAAUCAAAAUGAUAUACAAGAUGACCAAAUAGAAGAAGUUACUGAAUGGUGUUGUGUAGUUUGUGAAAAAACCUUUAAAAGUGAAAAUCAAUUAAAAAGUCAUGAAAAUAGUAAAAAACAUAAAAUGGCAGUUAAGUUAUUAAAGAAACAAAUGCAACAAUUUAAUUAA